GACCCGUUUCUAUUGUAUUCUAUCUUUUAUUGUAAAAAUCGUCUGAAAUACAGAAAUAUAUACCUUGAUACUACCAAUACACCUGAAUGGGAAUUUACAAGGAAAACUUGAGAAAAGGUGAGUGAAAAUAACUCUCGAAUUAUCAAAUUAUCGCCCACAAGAAAGUUGCCGAAAAAUCAAGUUUGUGUCAGAUAUCCAUGCAUACUUUAUCAGUUUAUGUUGGGGUCGAUUAACCGAUGAUUAAUCGAUUAAUAUGUUUCGUUGAUCGAUUAAGUAAUGUGUCAUCGGUGCACACCUCUAGCGCAUAGUAUAGAAAAUCUGAUAAAUAAACCAUAUGUUAACAGAGACCAUGCGAAUACUAUGCCCCAAUCACGAAUUAAUAGUGCCUUUCACCCAUAUGUUCAUUAUGUAAACCCAGAAAUAAGGCAGUGGAGUCAACCAACUGUGCCAGCACCACAAUAUCCAUUCAUAAUGAAUUCACAAUAUAAUAUGGUGCCUAAUUAUAUGCCAAUAUAUUUAGCACCAUAUAUACCACAUAACUUUCAAUCGCAUUUUCAACCAACUGGAACCCCUCAAUAUAUCGCCAAAUCAUCAACGACUGAUACCUCAAUCAGUGCCCACCUUUGCAGAGAGAUAUCAAAAUAACAUGACCAACCUUGGGGAAGGUCAGUUUAU